AUGAACUAUCCACCACCUGUUCCCCAGUCUCAACUCUAUGCGCAGCCUCCUCCACCACCCCCCAGUGAGAUGCUCAAGCCAUACAAUGGCCGGAAAGGAGAUCGCAUUUACAAGCUGUCCGUUGAACAACAGCCAAUUCGUGCGCGCAUGUGCGGUUUUGGUGACAAGGACCGACGACCCAUAACCCCUCCGCCUUGCAUUAGGCUCGUCGUGUGUGACGCUGCCACCGGCAAGGAGAUCGACUAUCAGGAAGUUGACAGCACAUUCUUCGUCCUCACUGUGGACCUGUGGGACGCGGAGGCCACCCGCGAGGUCAACCUGGUGAGGCACUCCAGCGGCGCACCCACGGUUAGCAUCUCGUCUAGUACCACGACAUCUUACCCCCCUCCACCAGAGCGUCCCAUGGGCUACAUGCAACAGCACAUAAUGCCUCCGCAAUUCGACGCAUAUGGCCGGCAAGUUGGGCCUCCCCAGGCUGUAAAUCCGUACGGCCCGCCGCAGAUAGCCGGUGGCUACUACCAGCAGCCCGCUGCGCCAGGUUACAAUCCAUACAAUGCCGCGACGUUCAACCCAAUAGGCUUGCCCGUCGCCCCUCCGACAACCUCAGCCACUGGCAUGUUCACAAGAAACCUCAUCGGGAGCCUGACUGUCAAUGCUUUCCGACUCACAGACACUGAGGGCAAGGUCGGGUUCUGGUUCGUUCUUCAAGAUCUCUCCGUCAGGACCGAGGGCAUAUUCAGACUCAAGAUGAACUUUGUAGACGUGGGAAGCGGUCAGAACAACAACACUCUCAACACAGGACGCGCACCGGUGCUUGCGACAUGUUUCUCAGACCAAUUCCAGGUCUACUCAGCGAAGAAGUUCCCAGGCGUCAUUGAGUCCACACCACUCAGCAAGGCUUUUGCUAGCCAGGGAAUCAAAAUUCCGAUUCGUAAAGAUGGUCCGAAAACGUUGAGCAAUCAGGCAGAAUAUGAUGCAGACGACUAA